AAUGUUGGGGGUGGGAACCGGAAAAAAGUUCCCUUGUAAAUUUCGGUCAAAAGGCCAAAAUCCAUAACCACCACCCAAAAACCACAAUUUCCGAUCAAAUUUCCGUACAAUGUCGCUGAUUCCCAACCCAUUCGGCCGCCGAUCGGGCUCGUUCGACCCGUUCUCUCUUCACGUGUGGGACCACCACCACCACCACCCACUGGACCCCUGGCCCUUCCGCUCCGUCUCGUCGCAGUCCGAAACGGCGUCGUUCGCCCACGCGCACAUCGACUGGAAGGAGACGCCGACGGCGCACGUGUUCAAGGCCGACGUGCCGGGCCUGCGUAAGGACGAGGUCAAGGUGGAGGUGGAGGACGGCAAGAUCCUCCAGAUCAGCGGAGAGCGGAAGCGCGAUGUGGAGGAGAAGACCGACACGUGGCACCGGGUGGAGCGCAGCAGCUGCAGGUUCACGAGGCGGUUCCGGCUGCCGGAGAAUGCGAGAGUGGAGCAGGUCCAGGCGGCGAUGGAGAACGGCGUCCUCACCGUCACUGUGCCCAAGGAGGAGGCCAAGAAGGUCGAUGUCAGGUCAAUUGAGAUUUCUGGUUAAUCAGGCUUAUCUCUAAUUAAGUGUGUUCCCAAGUGUGAUUAUGGUAAAUAAAAUUGUAUUAUGCAGCUUAACCGCUCAGUGUUCUGUGAUUUGUAUUAUGAACUUCAGUGUAGGCAAUCCAUGGUGUUUCGAAUUUGGUAUGUUUAAACCAAAAUUAGCUACCUCUAAUGCUCAUCUUAUAUCAUUUUCUUCUGUGUUUAGCAUUA